GUUCUUUUCAUUCUUGUAUGUUGUAGACAAUGCAAAUGUCCCUAGGGCUCUCUCAUUAUCACCUAUGGCUAGGCAUACUUAUCUGGUUGCCAUCAUUCAUUCACAGACAAAACACGCCACCAUGUUUUAUAAAAGAGGCGUUUCUCGCGUUGUUGAUGUCCCUUUUUGUCAAUUUUCUGCUUCGCCUCCUCUUUUCUCGCACACAAUUCUCGUUAUUUUCUUUUCUUCUCCCAGCUCUCAUAGCUCGACUUCUGAUCAUAUAUUCUUUGUUUUUCCCCCCAGCAACCACUUUUCGUCUUUUACUUUUGGCUUCCAACAACUCGCUUGGUCGUAACCCUACCUUUCUUGUUAUCUCUUGUAGUUCCAUACCAUACGCGUCCCAUCUUCGGUCUUGCUCGUCAAGUCACCAUGAGCCAGGGGACUUCUCAGCACAACAAAAACAACAACAACAACAACAACAACAACAACAACAACGUCAAUCACGUCACUGGCGAGGAUAUUAUCCCUCGAAUGAGGGUUCGCUCUCGUCGACCUGUCGACCCCAUGGCUUUUAUUUUCAAGAUGAAGAGGAGCCGACAAGCUAUCAUGGGGUCUCAAGAGCCUGAGUCCGUCGAAGAUAGCUCGUCCUCCUGCAAAGAUACUUUUCUCAUCUCUGAGAGCGAGGAGGAAGUUGAAUCUUUGGGUGGGGGUCAGGACAAGCCUGCUUCUUCUCAGCCUCGGGACGAACAGGUCGUCGAAGACAAGGACAAGGACUCGAACGGCGAGGUGGUUAGUGACCUGUUCAAGAACAGGGAAUUAUCGAAGACCCAAGUGCAAGAGGUGAAUGAUUCCUUCAGUGUAGCAGCCUUCGCUGCUCGUGUCAUCCACCCUUGGCACAUCGUUGACUACCACUUGUACCUGCUUCAGAUUGAGGGCAAGAAAGACCUCGCUGCGCGGCGUAAUGGUACUCUGUUGCGUGAUGGUGUUGAAUGCCGCUCCCUCUACUAUGAUGAGAUGUUCGAAGACGACACAUUCGACCCUGACUUCGUCGGCCCAGAACCCAGCGUUCUCUUUGCGGCUUUGCCUGUCCCCGAACACCACAUUCAAUUCAAUGGUGCUGCGUACGUGCUGGAAUACGAUUGGCACCUGAGAACUUUCUGUGCUCGUCACUUCGCCUGGGUGCCUGAGGACCUGCGUAACAUCGAGUGCGUAUGGACCGAGGGCAUCAUCAUCUACUGCGUCCCAAUCGUCGAAAUUAUUGACGUUAUGAAAACGGCCUUGGAACAACGAUACCGUCGACUUGAAUUUUUGAGCACCAAUUCUCGCUGCACAACUUCGUACGUGGCACACGACGAUCCCGGUAUGGAGCUUGUCGUUGCGUACUCGUUCUGUCAGUUUGCCGUUGAUUUUGCGGAAGCCCUCAUCCCAGAGACAACAUAUGAAGAUAUUGAGAUCUUCAAGUCUGGAUUGGAGGGAGUCAUGGAAGAGAUCCGUCUCACCUUGCAACGUGCUUCGUAUCGGGCGUGGUUUGCUGUCGGCGAAGGCCUUUCCAUGGAGAAGUUUUCCCACAAGGUGCACUUCGACCGGUACCUCAAUGACCUCUUCAUAUACAACAAGUCGAUCGAGGAGGGAAGCCUUCGUGGCAAGAAAUGGCAUGCUCCCGGAAUCGACACGUGCAAGAAAAUCCGUGACAAUGACGCUAGGAAGCGUCGGGCUAGAAAUGAACGCCGUCUGAAGGACGUGUUUGUCCCUUUUGAUCAAAACGAACAUAGAGAGAGGCAGAAGAGAGCGUUCCAGGAGAUGUUGGAUAAUGCAGACAAGAGUCAAGCUGACGCUCUCCUCAAAGAGCUUCUACAGGUCCCGUUGACACCACUCUGGGGUGAAUUGAAUUUUGAUGAGUUCGAAAUGAGCCCCGGCUCCCCUACUGUUGUCCACUCGGCUCCUGUACAAGAUGAUAGUCUCGAAGUCACCGAGUACAAUCACAUGUCUCUCUUGCACCUUUUGAAUAACGUCCUUGACAUUGUCCAGGGACAGCCAGAUUUGGAUACGUUGGAGAAUCAGCGACGGUUUGGCGCUCUGCUGACGGAAAUGGGAAAUUGCAUGGUGAAAGACACUUUGGGUUUGUUAUCUAUUGCGCCGCAGUCGGGUUUCGACAACGACGAUUGGAGUCUUUUGGUUCACGGUGAGGAUAAUAACAAAGAGGAUGGAGGACCAACCGCUCCUGUUCGUCGUCUUCUCCCGAGCCCUAUCCUUGAUUAACUGUUCUCUUAUCUUUCUUUUGUCCAAUUUUGCUCUGUUUGUCUUUCCUUUUGUUUCUCCUCUGGUCUCUGGUCUUUUGUCCCUGGUGUUCCGUUCAGGUUCCUUUUCGACCCCCUUUUUGUCAGGAUACGAUAUCUUCCCACACUCAUUUUUGCUGUUAUUUUGCUGUCGUUGAAUCUUCUCCAUUCAUCU